AUGGCAAAACAAAUCUACAAACAAGUAUUCUCAUCCUUCAUCUUCUUCACUGUUUUACUCUACCAAUCCAAUGCCGUCACAGCUCUCCGUAAAUCAUUCGACCUAGCGAAACCAUGCAAGCGUUUCGUCCUACACCUCCAUGAUGUUACCUACAAUGGUGAUAACGCGGCUAAUGCCACUUCAGCAGCUAUUGUGAACCCUAUAGGAGGACUAGGAGACUUCAAUUUUGGGAAGUUUGUGAUCACGGACAGCCCUGUGACAAUGGACGAGAACCAUCUCUCGGAACCGGUGGCUCGUGUUCAAGGCCUCUGGUUCGUUCACGGUAAGAAAAAAUUCGACACUUGGUUCGCUUGGUCGUUGGUAUUCAAUUCAACACAACACAAAGGGACAUUGAACAUGAUGGGUGAAAAUCAAAUUAUGGAGUCGACUAGAGACGUAACCGUCGUUGGUGGGACUGGUGACUUCAUCAUGACUCGUGGAAUUGCUACGCUCACGUCCGAGGCCGUUGAAGGCAAUACGUAUUUCCGUGUCAAAAUGGAUAUUAAACUCUAUGAAUGUUACUAUUAG